AAAUACUCAUGCGUUCACCGAAUUCUGUCAUUCAAACACUCUCAGCUCGCAUAUCCUCCUCAUAUCCAGCUAAUCUCGCAAAAUGGUCAAGUUAUACGGCUUUCCCAACUCCACAUGCACGCGCCUCGUCGCCCUCAUCUGCAAGGAAAAGAAUAUCCCAUACGAGUUGAUCCAGGUCAACUUCAUGAAAGGUGAACAGAAGGCCCCGUCUUACACCGCCAUUCAGCCAUUCGGUCAGAUCCCAUACAUCGAUGACGACGGGUUCAUUCUAUACGAGUCCCGCGCGAUAGCAAGAUACCUCAUCAGGAAAUACCCCAACCAGGGCACCCCCUUGAUUCCCAGCGACCCCAAGGCUAAUGCUCUGUUCGAACAAGCCGCUUCGAUCGAGGCGUUCAACUUCAAUACAUUUGUUCAGCCAAUUGUUAAUGAAAAGCUUUUUAAGCCGCGCCGUGGUCUGCAAUCAAAUGAGGAGCUUGUCAGCGUGCUGUUAGGGUUACUCCAGAGCAAGUUGGAUGCGUAUGAGGUGAUCCUAAGCAAACAGAAGUACCUUGCUGGUGACUCUGUCACGCUUGCUGAUUUGUCCCACCUGCCGUAUGGCACUGCGUUUUACGGACUCGGAGGUGUCUUUGCUGAGGUAUUUGACAGCAGGCCUAACCUUUCCAGGUGGUGGAAGGACAUUUCUAACAGACCUGCUUGGCUUGCCGUCAAGGAUGGUGCGUGAGGUGUUUUUCAAUAGAUCAGGAAAUGUCCAGAAAGCAGUGCGAUCUCGUCGCAUGUAACACCAAUAGAUGUUCAGUUUUGACAUUUGCU